AUCCAAUCCAGCCAAUCAUUAAGAGUUUUUCAUUAUUUACCAAUCCCAUGUUUUUUUUUAAAUAUGAUUGAAGUAUUCUAUUUAUUCAGCUGUUUAGUGUUACUGCAGCCUAUUCGCAAUGUGUGGUUUUUGCUUAUUAUCUGUUAAUAACUACUUAAUGCUCAAGGCUAAAUUUAAGUAACUGUACGGAGGUUUUCAUCAUCAAACAUUAUGCAUUGUAUCAGAGAAAAUAGCGACCGACUUUACGUUAAUUGUAUUUUAUACAGAACACGUAAACAUGUCUGUACUAAGCAGCGUAAUCGACAAUCAACGUAUGCAAAAUAUAAGAAAUGAAUUUGGAAGACUAGGCGAUAAAUGCUAUUUAGACAAUGCUGGGACAGCAUUAUAUCCACAAAUACUUUUGACAAAAGUGAAUGAAGACCUAUCGAGUAAUGUCUACUUAAAUCCACACUCUGACAAAUAUACAAGAGAUUGUAUUGAACAAAUAAGAUGUACUGUAUUGAACCAUUUCAAUACAGAUCAAUCAAAAUACAGUGUAAUAUUCACAUCUGGCUCGACACAAGCAUUAAAAUUGGUAGUGGAGACAUUUGAGUUCAAUAGCAAAGAUGAUGAAAACAGCCAUGGAUCUUAUAUUUAUCUUCGAGAUAACCAUACUUCUGUGAUAGGCCUGCGUGAAUUGGCUGAACAAAAAAAUGCAGACAUUAUUCAUAUAUCUCACGAUGACUUUCUAAACUCACUGAAAACCUGUAAAAAAGGCAAACUGAGAUGUACAGAAACAAAUAUGAGCAAAAGUAAUACUUUGUUAGCAUAUCCAGCACAAAGUAACUUCAAUGGCUACAAAUAUCCGUUAGAUUGUGUGGAGAAAAUAAAAAAUGGCUGCCUCAAUAGUUAUUUAAAGACACAGUUAUGUGAAGUUAACUGUAAUUGGUAUAUUUUAUUGGAUGCAGCUUCAUUUGUGGCUACAAGCAAACUUGAUUUGUCGUCCACUCAACCAGAUUUUGUGUGUCUAUCAUUUUACAAAAUAUUUGGAUUCCCAACAGGAUUGGGCGCAUUGCUAGUGAAAAAUACAUCACAAAAUGUUCUCCUUAAAAAAUACUUUGGCGGUGGAACUGUAGAUAUUGUUCUCAGUAGUGAAGACUUUCAUAUCAAAAGACAGUCUCUUCAUGAAAGAUUUGAAGAUGGCACUCUACCAUUUCUGUCUAUCAUUACCCUGAAACAUUGCUAUAAUGUUUUGGCAAAUUUAAUACCCAAAGUGAUAAACAAUGACAUAAUGGAUACAUUAUCGCAUCACACUUAUAAUUUAGCGAAAGAUUUGUACAAGCAAUUUAGUGACCUCAGACAUCCAAAUGGUACCAAAGCAGUUAUUUUGUAUAUGGACUCAGAUUUUAGUGAUAUAAAAAAACAAGGGGGUAUAGUUACUUUUAAUCUGAUUAGGGAAGAUGGCACUUACAUUGGAUAUGCAGAGUUUCAGCACAUGGCAGACCUGUUUAAUAUUAGUUUGAGAACUGGAUGCUUUUGCAAUUCGGGAUCUUGUCAAAGACAUUUAAUUGUUACAAACAAAGAAAUGAAGAACAUGCACAAAGCUGGCCACAAAUGUGGGGACGAAGUGGAUAUAGUAAAUGGCAGACCCACAGGUGCUGUGCGAGUUUCUUUUGGGUAUCACAAUACAUUCAAUGAUGUAGAUAAGUUAGUCGCAAUGGUAACAAAAUGUUUUGUGCGACAAAAUUACCAGAAACCAGAGAGAUAUAUGUUGAAAUACAAAAACGAUGUAGUAGAAAUACCCAAAACAAAAGAAAUAAGCUUUAAAGAAGAAAUACUAGCGCUUUUAAAUGAAAAAAAAAUACUUAAUAAUACCUCAGAAACAAUUAACACAGGCUCCAAAGCAACUUUAGCUGAAAUAGCCAUAUUCCCAAUCAAAUCUUGUGGUGCUUUCAAAAUAAAUUCCGGGUGGAAAAUAGGUUCCAAAGGAUUCGAGUAUGACAGAGAGUGGAUGAUUGUUAAAGACAAUGGCGUCUGUCUCACACAGAAGCAAAACACCCAAAUGUGUAUGAUUCAACCCGUAAUUGAUCUUAAUACCAGGCGCCUGACGUUAAAUUUUAAAGGCUCUACAAUCUCAAUACCUUUGGACAUGUCACCGAAUAACAAAUACCAAGAAAGAUCGACAACACCAUUUUGUCAAAGCAAAGUAUGCACAGACAUUGUGAAAGGUUACGAUUGCGGUGACGAUGUAGCUGAUUGGAUAUCAAAUGCUCUGGGCAUCUCAUACCUACGACUGAUUAGACAAGCGAGUGAUGAUAGUAGAAUGAAAAAAAAUAAAAACAGUGAAGAAAAAAACAUGCUCUCACUAAGCAAUCAAGCCCAAUUCCUUUUGAUAAACAAAGCAACCGUUAGAUGGCUGAAAAACAAAAUUAGAGAUACAACAUUUACAGAUGAUUUGGAAUCUUUGACCGACAGAUUUAGGGGAAAUUUAGUUGUUAACACAUCUUAUGAGCUUAUAGAGAGGGAAUGGCAGACAGUGAUUAUUGGAAAACAACAAUUUAAGGUUGAUGGUCCAUGUUCAAGAUGUCAAAUGGUAUGCAUAGAUCAAAGCACAGGAGAAAAAACAGUAGAACCACUAAGAACCAUAUCUGAAGAAUUUGCUGGUAAAAUGAGAUUUGGAAUAUACUUAAGUUAUCUGGGACCUGUGAAUGGGUGCAAAGAUUUGACAUUGUAUACUAAUUCUGAUGUAACUCCAUAUUUAAAUGACGAUAAUAUUAGCAGAUAAUUUUUAUAUGCAAUAUGUUGAUCCCCUAUUAAAAAGUGGAUGCACAAUCAGCGAAGCAAAUCGUUCAAUGAGUGCCAACACAACAUCUUGGCACUCAAUUCAAGUAGUCGCAUUUGCAAAUUCAACCUUAAACUCAAUACUUAAGGUUGAAUUUUCUCUGAAUUUAGAACUUUAUUGAAUAUUGGAAAAUAUUUAAAGGUAUAAUUUUCUUUACUUCUAAAAUUGUCAAAGAAAAAUUGGCCAGUUAUUAAAUGAAAAUUUCUACAUGAUUGAGCGUCUUUUUAUUAUAAGAGGUCAAUGAUGCAAUAUUACUUUUUGUGAUCUGUAGGAAAUGUUCCUUAUAUAGAAUGGCUGUUUUAAUUUUUUAUGGUAGCAAUACAUUAUGUAUUUUUAAUGUAAUUAAUAUAUUUAUUUUUAUACUUAUUAUGCACAUUUAUGCACAACUUCAUAUUAUAUUGAUGGAUGACUGAAAAUAUCAAAUAUUUUCAAGUAACUUAACUUUUAUAAAGAGAUUUUAUCUUAGUUUUUGUAUAACCUAUAUAAAAAUGAAUUUUUAACAUACCAGAUAAGACUGAACUUGUUUGCAUUUGACACAUAUUUGUAUUCUGAUAUACAAGUAUGCUGUGAAAAAUAUUUCUAUAAAGACAUGUCUUUAAAUAUUUCUACUUUAUGUCCAUUGUACAUGUAAGAAAACCAGCCUAUUUAUUUUUUAUCAUUUUUAUAGUUUGUCAACCAAAGCCAGAUUUGGCUUUGGCUGUAAGUGUAUAAACAAACUUAAGGCUGCCAGUCCACUGAAGCGGAGCAAGAUAUUUUCUCCAAUUCAGCAACAAAAAAUUGUGCAAAUUUAGUAAACAGUUGCUGAAUUGGAAAAAAGAAAUUAAAUUAAAAAUAUUAUUAGUAUGAUAUUUAUUUACUAUUAUUUUAAUAAUUAUUUUUUUUCAUUGAACAUUAAUAACUUAAUUAUUUCUACAACAUUAUCUACAUACUAGAGUGUUUAGAGAAAAGGAUUGGUAACCCAUGAAGCCUGUUUUUUUUUAUUUUCAGUUAGUACUAGUAGUGAAUAGAGGCAUAAUCCCAUUCUAUCCACUAAUGUAGUAUAUUUGAGCACUGUUAUUAAUUUGUUUUUAUAUUUUUAAGGGAAAUGGUGUUGUGAUAUUUUAUUAAAUGUUAUGAUAUAGUGCAGUU